AUGCCCGACCAGGACUCGCAGCCCAGGCCGGUGCCUGUCGGUCGAGCCUCGCCCAGCGACAGAGGCCGAUCGCCAGCAGAGGGCUCCGUCUCGCGAGUGACGUCCACCAGACGCCUGGGGUCGCCUGUUCCGUCCUUCGGCGUUGCUGGCUCGCCCCGGGUUGCCCAGGUUCCCACACCGCAGCAGCUCCAGGCUGGCGACGUCCCCGAGUCGCGCACCCCUCUCGCCGGCCUCGAGCCCGGCAAGUCGUCCCUUCCCGGCCCUGGCGAGUCGGCUCUUGCGAACGCUCUGAAGGGCUCCUUCGCCGGGAGCCCUCCGCGCUUCGGCACUCCCCCAGUACGCGCCGCCUCCCCGGUCCCCGAGAGCCUCAACCUGCCGAGAACGAACUACGGCUCGUUCAAUUCGCAACAAGUCGGAAGCCCGUCGGGGCGCCUGGAGGACCACGAGAUCGUGAGGAGGCACCUGGUUGGCGGCGGCAAUGGCUCGUCUCCAAACCUCGCCGGCGGUGUCUACGGCUCGCCGAAGCGCGGGAGCAUGCGUGCCCCGGACCACGGCCGUGCCGCCGGCGACGACGAAGAGCAGGCCAACUUUGACAGCCUGCAGCUUCAGGGUGGAGACAUCACCCGUCAGAUCUACCGCUGGACCGAGCAGCAAGAGGCCGAGGCCCAGGGCAAGACGCGGAGGAGCCGCAGUUUCCAUGCCGCCCGCCCUCGCCCUGAGGACAACCCGGUCUUGAACAUCAACAGCAUCAAGCAACCUGGAGGCUUCCGCAGAAACUACAUCAGGAGAGCCGCCGGCAGUCCCUCUCCGGGUCCUUCUGAUGCUCAGAAUGGCGCUGCCGCCAAGCGCCCCAACCCCCACCUUCUCACGAGCAACUUCCUCGAGUUCCUGAGCUUGUACGGACACUUCGCUGGUGAGGAGCUCGAGGAAGACGAUGAGGUCCUCGGGCCGGACGAAUACUUUUCGUCCGACGCCUACGACGAGGGCACGGGCGGCGAGGAAGACGAGUCGGAUGGGGAGCCCGGAGAGCACAGCGCCUUGCUUACUCCUGGGAAGCGGCGCAAGAGAAGAAGGCAGAGAAACACCGGCAAGGGAACGCCCUCGGGUGCGGCCAUGCUGCUGCUGAAAUCUUUUGUCGGCACUGGUGUUCUUUUCCUUCCCAGAGCUUUCUUGAACGGAGGCAUGCUCUUCAGCAACCUCGUUCUGCUGCUCGUCUCCGGUCUCAGCUACUACUGCUUCGUUCUUCUCACAACCACUCGCCUAUACGUCCACGCGUCUUUUGGAGACAUGGGCUACCAUCUCUACGGAAAGUGGAUGCGCAAUCUGAUCAACAUCUCUCUCGUCGUCAGCCAGAUCGGUUUCUCAUCCGCCUACAUCGUUUUCGUUUCGGAGAAUCUGCAGGCAUUCGUCGAAGCAGUCUCCAAGUGCCGUACUUUCAUCGACAUCAAGUACAUGAUCCUGAUGCAGAUGAUCAUCUUCCUGCCGCUUUCGCUCUACCGGAACAUCAACCACAUCCAAAAGCUUGCCUUGGUCGCGGACGCAUUCAUCAUCCUCGGCCUCGUCUAUUUGUACUACUACGACAUUCUCACUCUUGCCUCGCAACACGGAAUCAGCGAUAUCAAGAACUUCAAUCCCAAUGACUGGACGCUUUUCAUUGGAACGGCCAUCUUCACCUUCGAGGGCAUCGGCCUCAUCAUUCCGAUCCAGAGCAGCAUGAAGGACCCGGCCAAGUUCCCUCGCGUCCUUGCAAUGGUCAUGAUCGUCAUCACCGUGAUUUUCGUCAGCAUGGGAGCGCUUUCGUACGCUGCCUUCGGGUCCAAGACCAAGACCGUCAUUAUCCUCAACAUGCCGCAGGACAACAAGUUUGUCAAUGGCGUGCAGUUCAUCUAUUCGCUUGCGAUCUUGCUUUCCACCCCACUUCAGAUUUUCCCCGCCAUUGAAAUCGCCUCACAGCAGCUCUUCAGCAAGACGGGCAAGUUCAACCCUUGGGUAAAGUGGAAGAAGAAUUUCUUCCGUUUCUUCAUGGUCAUGUGCUGCGCCCUGAUUGCCUGGGUUGGUGCCGGUGACCUGGACAAGUUUGUGUCCCUCGUGGGCAGUUUCGCCUGCAUCCCACUUGUCUACAUCUACCCGCCCCUGCUUCACUACAGGGCCGUCUCGCGCACGUUCUGGCAGCGAUUUGCCGACAUCUCCCUGAUUGUCGUCGGCAUGGUCAUGAUGCUGUACACGACGGCACUCACCAUCAACAGCUGGGUCGGCGGCGACAGCACGAAGCCUCCUGGCUACUGCGACGACAAAUAA